UAAAAGGCAGGUCCCCCAAGUGGAAUCCCAGCAAAAGUAAAUCAGUCAUGAGGAGUGUGAUUUUUGUGGUGUUGGCCCUUGGCUUGGCAACUGGUUCGGCUGUGCCCCAACCGGAAGUCUCGGAAACGGAAACACUUCCAUCCAUCGAGGAAAUGGCCAAGGAAUUGGGCAUCGAUCUGAACAUGGACGACUAUAACCUUGACUUAGAUCUUGGCUUGGACCUGGACUUGGACUCGGACUUGGACUUCGACUUGGACUUGAACUCGGACCUGGACUUGGACUACGAUGUGGAUUUGGACAAGGAGUUUGGCCUGAAUAUGCCUGAAAUUCCUGAAUUGCCCGAAGAUGGUAGCAUGGAUAUCGAUGACUUUGCUUUUGUGGACUCAAUGCUGAAAUUCUUCAUUAAGGAGUCCAAGGCCCUGGGCUGGUACAUUGUAAGGGUGACAGAGCGCCAGCUCCUGAAGAUCUUCUUGUAUCCGUACCGACAGCUGGAACAGUUGGCCACCGACAUUGAGAAGCGGGCGGUGGAGAGCGAGGUGUGCGUGUCCAGGGAGACGGUCCACGUGGCCGGUGUCCUCGAACGGGCCACCUUAAACUUUGUGGUCUGUGGCCGCAAUGCCGCCGUCAAUUCUGUCAAAAUUAUUGUGCAUACCAAGCGUUCAAUUCUCCAGUUGACCCUGAACGGAUAUCAGAUUUUUAAGAAGCACCGUAAGUGCAAAAACACACGCAAUCAGUUCCUGUUGAAGAAGUGCAAAGCCGAGCUGUAUAUUAUGUGCAUCAAGUACGCUGCAGGUGCUCAAAAGUCAGUGCGUCAACUGGUCGGAUUGCGGCGCACUGUUCCGGCCAUUGCCACCGAUGCCACCAGCUGCACCACACAGGCUACCGAGAAUGCAAUUCAAGGACUCGACGAUAUUAAUGCCAGUAUCGACAAGUGCAUUGCCACCAUGCUGGACUGA